CUUCGCACGGCGAUCAUCCAUCUUUUAUUCGCCAUCCCCUACAGCGAGGAAGAAAACGAUGAGUGUGACAUUUUCUACGUAGAUUAUCCAAAAUUUGUGCAAGUUAAGUGCUAAAUUUUGCUGCCAGUUGUUCGGAGGUUAGUGCGGAUCAUUAGGAAAACGGUUUUCAACCCGGUGGAAGCGUUAUCAGACCUGAUACGUGCCAGUGCUUUCCAAUUUGUGGAAUCGGAUUUGCUUCUCGGUGGAAGGAAAAAAAAGGCUGGUUCAUUUAGCAGCGGUGGCAGAAAACAAAAACUACAGCAACAGCAAAAAGCAGCGGACAGCUGGCGGAGUGCACGAGACGACAAUAAAGAGCAGCGCCCGUGAAGAAAAGGAACAAAAAAUUAAUCAUUUAGCGAUGGACAGCCCCUGCGAGUCGGAGAGCUCGUUGGAUGGAGGAGCGAUGCUUCCGCCAAGUCCGGUGUCCCGGGAGCAGCUGCAGAAACGGAUCGAAAGCCUCACCCAGCAAAACAAGGUGUUGAAGGUUGAGCUGGAGACUUAUAAAAUCCGCGUGAAAGUUAUCCAGGAAGAGAACCGCUCAUUACGUCAGGCUUCUGUCAUAAUUCAAGCUAAAGCCGAACAGGAGGAGGAAUACAUUUCCAACACUUUGCUGAAGAAAAUUCAGGCCUUGAAAAAAGAGAAGGAAACACUGGCUCACCAUUACGAACGGGAAGAGGAAUGCCUGACCAAUGACCUGUCCCGCAAAUUGGAUCAAUUGAGACAGGAAAAAUGCAAGCUUGAGCUCACCUUGGAGCAGGAACAGGAGUGCUUGGUCAACAAGUUGAUGCGAAAGAUUGAAAAGCUGGAAGCGGAAACUUCUGCCAAGCAGAAUCACCUUGAGCAGUUGCGACGAGAGAUGGUGGAGCUGGAAAAUACACUGGAACAGGAACAAGAAGCCCUGGUCAACAAGUUGUGGAAACGCAUGGAUAAACUGGAAGCGGAGAAGCGUUCGCUGCAAAUCAAACUGGACCAACCAGUGUCCGAUCCAACAAGCCCGAAAGAAAUCAGCGUUCGCAUUGAAAAUGGGAACGACACUGCCUCACAGCUGACGGCUCAUAUUCAAAAUCUACGAUCUGAGGUGGAUCAGCUCCGCAGCAACUUGGCUGCUGCGGAGAAAGAAAAUAAGGAAAAAUCUCAGCAAUUUGCUCAGGAAGAAAAAUGCAUUCGUGAUGAAAAUAAGCGAUUGCAACGGAAACUUCAACUAGAAGUUGAACGCAGAGAGGCUCUGUCGCGCCAGUUGUCUGAAUCAGAAUCUUCGCUGGAAUUUGAAGAGGAACGGCUGUUCAAUGAGAAUGUUUCUGCCUUUGCCAGCAGCAGCAACCGUCCGAUAAGUCCUGGAGGUUUGACCCGAUGUCACGCAUGCGGCCAGCUGGUGGCUCGUCGUACCAGCGAGCGAUUCAUCAAACCGGCCAUUCCCAUUGGCCUUAAUACGUCGGCACCGAACGUGCUUCAUAAUCAAUCAUGCCCACCGGGAGGUCAUUUCCCAAAUUUCCCCACCGUGACUGCCAGUUCUACCGGAGUUGGUGGUACCGGUGCGAGCAGCUCCCUGAACAGCUCGUCGUCAUCAGCUCACAACACUAGCAGUAACAUUUCCUUUGGAGGAAAUUCGUCCUUUGUACAGCCGGCCAGUCCAAUGGAUACCUCAAUGUGUAAGGACUAGAUUUUAGAACGAUAGACUAGUCUCUGAGCGACGGAUUCCGUAUGAAUUUAAUAACUCGUCACCUCAUUCUCGAAAACGGAGAAACGAACUACGCAUAUACGACGAAACAUAGGGCGGGAUUAUAGUACUGUUCGGGAGAAAUGUCCAAGUUGUUAAUGAUUUACUUUUUUUUUCUUCAUAACCAUGUUUUUUUCAAUAUUACUAUUAUUUUCGAAACAGUCAGAUAUGAACUUAUUUUGUAUGACAAAAUACUGCGAUUAUAAAGACGAUAAAGGAUUCGAUAAACGCUAAGGUCGAAUUCCAUUCUAUGUGUACUAUAAUUAAUACACACGGAACCAGCAAUUAUACGAGGGUGUUAUAGCACAAUAUUCAGUAAACAGCUAUUUCAGAGCAUUCACACGAAAUAGUGAACGAUGUUUGUCAUUCAUAUGCUAUGUUCCUCAACCGGUUGAAUGUUGAACUUAAAGGACUCCACAAAUCAAAAGGUCAAUACAUCAAUCAAACAACCUUCCCUUGCUCAUGAUGGUACUAAGCUGUAUGGAAAAGAACAUCUC